CUUUUGUUGUCAUAUAAUACUUCUCACUCAUAAUUUUACUCUUAGCAAACUUUGAGUAAUUAAGUUAGAAAUUCCUCACUGGGCUUAUAUCUUUAGUGUGGUUAUUUACAGUGAUCUGUGUGGUCCGGUUCGAAUUAGUCCAUUGCAACAACAUGUAAUUAUUACAAACUGCGUCCUUGGACUUGGUUGAAGUUGGGUGUUACUCUAUAAAAGAUCAAAUAAUCCAAUCUUUCUACACUUUUCAGCAUGCUAGGUGAGUCAUCAUUAGCGAAUUUUCAUCUAUGCUGAUCCAAGUGGUGUGUUUGAAUUUAUCUGGACUGGAAAAGAGAUCUGAGAAGCCAGUAGAAGACCUUGUCUGCCUGUGUUAGCCCAUUUCAGGGUUAGGUGGCAGAGAACUUCAAGCCAGACAAAAGAGCAAAUAACUGCAUGGGGUUUUUUGAGGGAGAAGUUUGUGUGUACAGCUGUGGAUGUCCAUGGAUACACUCUUAGUAGUCAUUAUUAGAAUUUUAAAAAAAAUCACAAUUAACUUAACAGCUCUGUGUUAAAAGGUAUUGUUCAAGACCUCCAUAAAUGUGACAGCAACAAAUAUCACAUGCAGAUAAAAGUUUUAAAAUCUAAGCAUGUAUAUUUUUCCUCCCCUCUGGGAGUCACAGUGCAGAUAUCUCAGCUGGUGUUUGCAUAGCAUGCAUGAUAAGCUCAUUUUCUCAACCUUAUCUCAUAUUUUCACAUAUUCAUAUUUUAGUAUUAUCAUCACUCCCAUUUGCUCCAUCUCAACCCCUUCAGCCUUUGAAAACUCGGGAUGUCAUUCUGCAAGGCGCCAGCAGAAGUGCCUCCCUGGCUCUGUGUAUGUGGGCUGCUGCUGGGUGUGGGAUAGUUUCCCGACAUUCCAGCAGCUGCACAUCUUUUGUUCCUGGUCUCUUUUCCCCUACGAAUCUCUGCGAAGACAAGUUAUGUCCACAGCUACACUAAUUAAUUUGGUACGGAAUGGAGGGUUCCAAGUAAGAAGGAGAGCCGCGCUCACGUCCCGCUUCCUGCAGGACGAGAAGCGCCCCGCAGCCGCCUGCUCCAUCUCCACCUGCGAGCGCCGCGCCUCCCGCUUCGACCCCGACGGGAGCGGGCGUCCGACCACAUGGGACACCUUCGGCAUCUGGGACAAUCGCAUCGAUGAACCCAUUCUCCUCCCACCCAGCAUAAAGUACGGGAAGCCGAUCCCAAAGGUGAGCCUGAGCAACGUGGGCUGCGCCAGCCACAUCGGGAAGCGAAAGGAAAAUGAGGACCGGUUCGAUUACGCUCAGCUGACAGAGGAUAUCCUGUACUUCGCAGUGUACGAUGGGCACGGCGGGGCAGCAGCUGCAGACUUCUGUCAUAAGUACAUGGAAAAAUAUAUUAAGGAAUUUCUUGCUGAGGAGGAGAAUUUGGAAAAUGUUUUGAGCAAAGCUUUUCUAGAAAUAGACAAAGCGUAUGAAAGGCAUGCUAAUCUCUCUGCUGAUGCAACUCUGCUGAGCUCUGGGACCACUGCAACAGUGGCUCUACUCCGGGAUGGAAUUGAGCUGGUUGUGGCAAGUGUGGGAGACAGUCGCGCUCUGCUGUGCCGGAAAGGAAAGCCCGUGAAACUCACCAUUGACCAUACUCCAGAGAGAAAGGAGGAGAAGGAAAGGAUUAAGAAGUGUGGUGGCUUCAUUUCCUGGAACAGUUUGGGACAACCUCAUGUGAAUGCUAGACUUGCAAUGACACGGAGCAUAGGAGAUUUGGAUCUUAAAAACAGUGGUGUGAUAGCCCAGCCAGAAACAAAAAGGGUUCAGCUGCACCACGCAGACGACAGCUUCCUGGUGCUGACCACCGACGGUAUCAACUUCAUCGUGAACAGCCAGGAGAUCUGCGACUUCAUCAGCCAGUGCCACGACCCUGCUGAGGCCGCCCAUGUGGUUACUGAGCAGGCAGUGCAGUUCGGCUCUGAAGACAACAGCACAGUUGUCAUAGUGCCAUUUGGAGCUUGGGGCAAGUACAAGAAUGGGGAGAUCACCUUCUCCUUCAGCCGCAGCUUCGCUUCCAGCGGGAGGUGGGCGUGAAGACAACGACACAGCGAUCCUUUCCUGCCAUCACCUGGACACAGCGUGCUACAGAACACCUCCAUCUGUUCCUAGGCUGACUCAGUGUCUAGUCCAUCUCUUCUGUUCCCAGUGUUAGAAGAUGCCGCCGCUCCCUUGGUGUGUAGUGCCCGUGUUGCUUCCUGCUGACCGUGUCUCGCUGCCUGCGUUAUUCCCAGCAGCAUCGGGGCAGUGCCCUGGGUUUGUCGCCCCAGCAGCUCCGCACAUCACUUUGUUCACACAGACGAGGUUCUGGGCUUUCACCUGAGGCUGGAGAGGGUGCACAGUCAUUUCAUGCCUACUUGUAUUCCUCAGGACCCUCAGCUCCCUGGCAGUUGUGAGUCCCUGAGCCACAUGCUGACUUCCUUGUCCGAUAAAACACAGGGGAACAAACGCACAAUGUUCUUAGGUAGACAGAAAGAGGGUUUGUUGUCUUCUUCUGCUGCAGCCACCUGAAACUCCCCUGUGCUCCAGGAGAAGUGGGUGAAAAAUAAAGAAGUUUCAGAAUGUUUAGGUUCUGAUGCCAGUGGCAUUUGAUGUAGCUUCUCAAGUUCCUGAGACAGUGCUGCUUUGUGCUCUCACUGCCAUCAUCUGUGAUCCUCUAGCUCCAAGGAGACAGACCAGGCUGGAGCCAUGUGCUGUUGGACAGAUGGGAACCUUUCUCCAUUGGGUCCAAAGCCUGUGCAGUCUCUGUGGACCAUGCAGCAGCCCCUUGCACUGUCUUCUCUUUGCUGUCAGUGCCUGACAGAAGCACAGAGGAGGGAAAAAGAUGCACAGUUUUGAUAUCCAGAGACUCUCAUCAACUUGAAUAUCUUUUUUUUUUUUUUAAAUAAAGAAAAUAAGCUAA